AUGCAACCACUUCAUACUCCUGUGGAAGCGCCUGUGUUUCCUGGACUUGGAGACCCGAUUCGACGCACGCGCUGGGUUUCCGUGCCGCUCACUGACCCGGAUACCGACGCGCUGAACGGCGGAUCGCGACCAGCUCCAACACCUGGGACGCACGGCACUCGCUUGGUUCUCGUCGGAACCCAGCAUGGACAAGUACGCACGAGCGUGUAUCCUUCGGGUUGCCUCUUUACCAGCUGGGUCGGAUCUGUGGCUGGGGCGCUCUCCGAUGGCGUUCGAGACGUUGCCGCGAUCCAAGGCGCUUCAACGGAGAGCCUCCUUGUCUCCGUAUCCGCAAAUGGAACCCUGAUACGAACCACGCUGGGUCUACCACUGCACACGUUGACGAGCUCGGACUGGACGCAGUCGCGACUCUGUCGACCAAUGCCUCUACAGGGCCAUGCGUUGCUCCUGGUAACCACUGACCUCGGACGCAUGCACCUGUUGCAGGCCGAGAGAGGCACUGCGCUGCGCUCGUUCGUGGAUCCACCGCAUAUUCGUCGAGCGCUCGCUGCAGACUGGCUCUACAACCAAGCGAUUGUUCUGGGAUAUGAUGACGGAUCUAUUGCGCUGAAGGAUCCAUCCUCAUUGCGCGUGCUCCACGAGGAGCCGCGGCACCCGGCAGGCAACGCUGCGCGCUUUCCUGUCGUCGACCUGGUCGCGUUAAGCGAGCAUGGUUUAGUGGCGGCAGUCUAUGGGGUUGUCCCGCUCAUUCGACUCUAUGACAUUCGAAAGGGUCUAGGGAACGGCGGUCGCGUCGGCAAAAUAUCACCCGCUAUCGUCCAGGAGCUGGCUGUGCCGAGUUCGGACUCGGUCAUUGCCCUGAAAUGGUUACCAGGGAAGCAGCGCCUGUGGACGCUGGGUGUUGGUGGUCAUUGUGAACGUUUCAGCGUCGACGGGGCUGCAAGUGUCCUCUGUUAUGAGGCUGGGUUGUGUUUGCCGGUCGGCAACGGUCUCUACUCCUGCUUCGAUAUCACCGCUGAAGGCGGUACGUUGGUGACUGGCGACCUCGGCGGUUGUGUCCAGUAUCUGCAUCUCGAGGAAAGUGAGAAGCUGGAAGCAUUGGCGAAUGCCCAGUGUCCAGAUCCAGCGCUCUCCGAGCCUGCUCUCAUAGAGGCUCUCUGUUCGAGGGCGGCACGCAACGCGAGGCCGCGUCGAGACCUCACCGACUCGACACAUACAGAACAGCGCUGCUGGCUUGCGGAUACGCCCUGGCCUUUAGUCCAGCAGCAACGGGGCAAUGCGACAAAACGGUUGAAAUUCCGUUUCCCGCUGCUGGCCAGUCCGAUAGCAAUACGGAGCGCCCGCUUUGUGGGUCCAGUUGGCUACCUGCCCGUAACUGGUUCAGCAUCCGACCAGCUCUACCUGCAACCAGAUGAAGGCUGGCAACAGACGAGUAUCUCCACUGCGAGCAUGCAACCAAAACUGGACACACUCGAGGAACGUGUGCGUUUCAGACGCAUCGAUCUGGUGAAGGCGGAGAGUCUCGAAGGCUUCGAUUAUGCCCUGUACAAUCGAACGCGUUUUUGUGGGCUUGAAAACAGCCUCCCGACGAUGUACAUGAAUCCAAUCUUGCAGAUGUUCUUCUUCAUUCGUCCGUUUCGUGAGGCGAUGUUCGGACUGUGUCAUCGCUUUGCGUGCACUGGCGAGGAGUUGCCCACGAGUAUAGCCGCGGAGCUCGGGUACCUCUAUGACAUGAUGGAGCGCGGCGGCAGCCUUGCAUGUGAUACGGUGCGUCUUAUGUACGCUUUUCAACAGAGUCAUCAGGCGGUAGCUCUGGGUCUCGUCGAUCGUUUGAGUGGUGGUCCAACGCUGAUGCAGUCUGGGAUCCCGCUGGAGCGCCUUGUUGAUAAGUUUUGCCGCUUUCUGCUGGAGAACUUGUCGCGCGAGGAAAUGCACGAUGCGUAUGGCGCUCCGCCAGAUCAGCGGGUCAUCGAGAGACUCUUCGCCUUUCGAACGAGGACCUGUAUUCGUUCAGUUGCGAGCGGAUUAGAAACGACGCGAGAAGAUGUACAGUACGUGCUGUCGCUCUCGAGCGACAAUGCAGAACCUGUGGAGGCGGCACACUUUCCAUCGUUGGUGAACGCUGCGCUGCGGCAGACGCAGCCACCGAUACGGGCGCUGCACCCGGCGAGCCAGAAAGUGGAACUUGUUGAGCAGCGUCGCGAGGUCCUCUCGCUGGCCCCCUAUCUGCUGUGCAGCAGUGCGGGCAUCACAGUUCGGUCGCUUCAACCUGAACUGGAGCUCGAGCUGCCGCUCGACGCUGCUUGCUACCGGUACCGUCUCAUCGGCGAAGUCGUAGGCGUACGUCCAGCAAACGUUCCAGCAUCCACAAAUCAACAAAAAGCGCCGGCUGCGACCUCAACAGUGGCAUUUCUCAGAAUCCAGGGACUGGAACCGCACCAGGCAUCACUGAGUGCCCAGGAAGGGUCGUGGUACUGUUUUAAUGAUUUUACAAUCACUGCGGUGCGCGAUGCUGCACAAGUCGAGCGCUUCGAUUCGUGUUUCAUGCAGCCGCUCUUGCUGCUGUAUCGUAGAGAGACCGGUGUUGCCGCAGUUGCGCUCGACGACAAGCCGCCCGUGUCGUUCGAAGCACGACUCUGGCCCGACUCGGAAACAGAGUGGGCGCGCGUAUUUGCGCUGCGCCCUAUGAGUACGACUCAUAAGCGGCUGCUUCAAGCGGGCGACAGGAAUGCGCUGCGAGCUCGGUUGUCUUUCGUGCCGCUGCAGCCGGGCGAGCGUCUGACACGCGGUACGCUCGUCGCGAUCGACACUGAGUUUGUGCUCGUAUCCCGGGAGAAGGCAGAAAUAUGCUGCAGCCGUCGAUCGACGGGACAUACGCCGCGCUGGUGCCGCUGGAGCAGCCCGUCAUUGGGCCAGGCACCAGAAGAGGAGGAGCCGCUCUUGCGACGGGUGAUUCUGGAACCCUCUCGCAAACAUGUGGCCCGAGUCACCGUGAUUCGGGAAAAUGGACAGGUGCUGCUGGAUGACUACGUCAUGCCCCCGCCCGGAUGCACGAUUGUGGACUACCUGACCCGCUACAGUGGGAUAACUGCACCGGAUUUGCAGCCAAACCGCACCCGACAUUAUUUGACGCUGAGCAAGUAUGUGUACGCCAAGUUGCAUGCAUUGCAGCGCACCGGAUGUGUGUUCGUGGGUCAUGGUCUAAGAAGUGAUUUUCGCCAGUUGAAUUUCCUGCUUCGGUCCGAGCAAUACCGUGACACGGCGCUGUUGUUUCGCUUGCCCGCAAACGAACGUACGCGUGGGCGGUCUCGACUGCUUUCAUUGCGCUUUCUCGCUGGUUGUCUGUUGAAACGACGGGUCCAGAACGGCUCCCAAGGUCACGAUUCCGUUGAGGACGCGCGUGCGGCGCUCGACCUCUAUCGUUUAUAUCUGGAACUCGAACAGCGACAGCUCCUCAAAACGACCGUUGAGCGGCUCUACGAGUACGGCAGCAGAAAGCACUGGCAACCAGACUUUGCGGAUCCCUUUGAACUCGCACUAUAG